ACACAUUAACAACUUCAUUGCUAGACAAUAGAUAUGUGACACAUGAAUACAUCAUAAAAAAACUUAGGACACAUUAAUGUAUGUUGUGCACAUAGAAAACAAGUAAACUAAAAUGUGAAUUAAAGGGUGUUUGUUCUAAGCAUGGUAUUGGGACAUAGUGUUGUAGAACUAACUAAUAGUUCUAAGUGUUUUGUUUGAGAACAUACAAAAAAUACAAAUUGUGUUUUGGGUUUGGUUCUUUUGCUACAUUCUUAAUAAAGAACAAUCAUGAGGGAGGUUGUUAUGGUUGCAACUGCUGCUACACUUGGGAAUCUGCUUGUGGGAUGGGAUAGUUCAACCAUUGCAGGGGGAAUGAGUUACAUCAAAGAAGAAUUCAAGUUGGAAACUAAUCCAUCACUUGAAGGACUAAUAGUAUCCAUGUCAUUCCUGACUGGAACAUUUGUAACAAUAUUCUCAGGCACAGUUUCUGACAUCCUUGGAAGACGUCCUAUGUUAAUAACAUCAUCCAUUAUGUUUUUCUUCAGUGGUUUGGUUAUGUCAUGGGCUCCUAAUGUUCCUGUAGUUCUAUUAUCAAGACUAUUCAAUGGAAUUGCACUUUCACUAACUAUGACACUAACUCCUCUCUACAUAUCUGAGAUAGCACCACCUGAUAUAAGAGGAUUACUCAACACUCUCCCUCAGUUUUCUUGCUCUUUCGGAAUGUUUAUGGCUUACAUUAUGGUUUUUUCGAUCUCGUUGAUGGAUUCGCCAAGUUGGAGAGGGAUGCUUGGUAUUGUUUCAUUUCCUUCUGUUGCUUAUUUUUUGCUCGCCGCUUUUUACCUCCCUGAAUCUCCUCCUUGGCUUGUAAGUAAAGGUAGAAUUUCGGAAGCUAAGAGAGUUUUGCGAAGAAUUCGUGGCGUUGAAGAUGUUUCAGGAGAAUUGGCUUUACUAGCUGAGGGUAUGAAUCCUGGUGGUGAAGCCAUAACACUAGAAGAGUACAUAGUUGCACCAGCAAGUGAACCCAUUUCAAACAAAGAAGCAGGGAAGGAUUGUAUAAAACUUUAUGGACCAAACCAUGGAGUUUCAAUGAUUGCACAACAAGUAACUGGACAAGGUAACAUGAUAUCUCGAAGCAUGUCAACGAUGUCGCGACAGGGAAGCGCGGUUUCACAGGCUGGUUCUAGUCUUAAGGACCCUAUUGUGAAUCUGUUUAGUAGCAUGCAUGAGAAUAGUCCUUCUGAAAGUGAAGGUUUAGGAAGAAGUUUGAUGAUUCCAAAAGUGUGGAGUGUGAGUAGUAUGGGAGAUUAUGGUCAUAGCAGAGGGAGUCCAUUUAUCCCUAAAGUGUGCAGUGUGAGCAGUAUGGGAGAUCAUGAUCAGAGUCCCUUUGGUACUAGUGAAAACCUACAUGCUCCAUUACUUCUACAUCAAGGUACGGAGAAGGAUAAAAGUUUUGGAUCAAGGGACAAGUUAACAAUGGGGAGCAACAGCAACAACAACCUUAGAAGUAACACAGGAUUGAUUCAUGGUAAUGCUGGUGGAGAUAUACCAAAGAACACAAACAUUGGUGGAGGUUGGCAAUUAGUUUAUAAAUCAAUUACAGGAACUAAGGGUGGAGUGAAAAAGGAAGUAGGAGGACACCUUCAAAGGGUUUAUCUUCAUGCAGAUCCUACUGCAUUGUCACAACAAGGUUCAUUUGCUUCACCAUCUGGUCAUGACUUGCAUGCUGAUCAUGAAUCUUUUCAGGCAGCAGCACUUGUUAGCCAUUCUGUUCUUGGUCUAAAUAAGGAUAUGAAGAUUAAACCAGAAGUUAUUCCAAAACGUUCUGGUUGGGAAGGUUUGUUUGAACCUGGUGUACAAAGAGCAUUAGUUGUUGGAAUAGGACUUCAAGUUCUGCAGCAGGCUGCUGGUAUAAAUGGUUUUAUAUACUAUGCUCCCGAAAUUCUUGACCAGGCAGGAGUUGGGGCACUUUUAUCAAAUUUGGGAAUUAGUUCAGCAUCUUCUUCUUUACUUGUAAAUAUCAUAACAACAUUUUGCAUGCUUCCUUGUAUAGCUCUUUCCAUGAGGUUGAUGGAUAUAUCAGGCAGAAGGUCAAUACUGUUGUACACAGUACCAAUUCUAGUAGUGUCACUGAUGGUAUUAGUACUCAGAGACUUAUUUCACCUAAGUUCAAUCCUGAAUGCAUCAAUAACAGCCAUAUGUGUUGUGACAUAUGAAAGCAUAUUCUGCAUGGGAUUUGGAGUAAUUCCAAACAUCUUAUGUUCAGAAAUAUUUCCAACAAGUGUUCGUGGAAUAUGUAUUUCCAUUUGUUCACUUACAUAUUGGAUAUGCACUUUGAUCAUCACUUCAUCAUUUCCUUUCUUGCUUCAACACCUUGGUCUUACUGGUGUCUUUGCAUUGUUUGUUGUUGGUUGCAUUAUAUCAUGGAUUUUUGUUUACUUGAAAGUACCUGAAACUAAGGGAAUGCCUUUAGAAGUCAUCAUUGAGUUCUUUGCUAUUGGUUCAAAGCCUGAAAGUUAUUGAUCAAGAUGCUAUUUUGAGGAGUAAAAGUUAUUGAUAAAAAAUAUAUAUGCAUCACAAGAAUUAUCAUCACAGCAAGAAGUUGAAGAAGAAAAAGAAGCACCAUAUUUUUUUAGAUAGACGAAUUUUAGUGGUUAGUAUAUAUUUUAGGAGAUGAAAAAAUGUUAGUAGUCAUGAUUGAACUCUCGAUAAUGUUUAAGUUUAACUGGUUUUAAUUUCCUUUAAUUACCUAAACAAAUUUUGAUGGUGAGAGAGUGUAAGAUUCCGCAUUUUUAGAU